UCUCUAAAGGCAGUUUGAAUUUUUGUUGCGUUUCACCUGGUGAAACUCGUAUCUGUUGCUGUUUGUGUUAGAAGUUGAUGUAGCACAAGAAGAUACUAUCUAAUAAGGAAGACUUGGCAAUUUGCUUUAAAAUCCCUUUGACAUAAAGGGUCAACCAAGAUGACAAACUUGGGGACUAAAGCUCUUCUCAGUUGGGUCAAUAGUAUCACUGCAUUGAAGAGCGAGAUACAGAUCGAUGAUUUACAGGAUGGGGCGGUCCUGGUGAAACUGAUUCAUAUACUGAAAAAGAGGGAAAUCCCCUGUUUCAGUGAUUCUUUUGAGGAUCGUGUUCGUUUCAUCACAGAGUUCCUGGAAGGAGACUGCAAAUUUAACCCAACUGAAGGCACCUCUAUAUCAUGGGACAGCAUAAAAGAUGGACAGAACCUAACGGUGGAAAUUUCAAAGGUGCUUUUGUUGCUGUUUUAUCAUGACAUGAUGAAUGAUCGCCACACUCUUAGUGAACUGGAUUGUGAUGCAGAGCGUGAGCUUGCCAACAUGACCGACUGUUAUGUGAGUGAGAAAGAAGGUUGUGUUUAUCUGAACAAAACACUGGACAAAUACUUGACAAGGAGAUAUCUGCCUGUAUCUCGACAAAUCUUUCACAAUUCGUCAUCCAACUCCACUUCCACCUCCAAUCUGUCCACCACCUCCUCGGUCUCAGACAGUGAGUCUCCAGUCUUUCUGCGUACACAGAAGGUCACCUUUGUUGAUCUGGAAACGGUGGCUUCCUCCUCUGUCAGCAAAUCCCCUCUGGCUGAGGUCAUGAAUACACCCAAGUUUCAGAUGAGAAAAAUGCGAAGACAGAUGAUCAAAGAGAGAGAAUACAGAGAUGAUUUGGAGAAGCAGCUAGCCAGCACAGUUACACUAAUUACCCAGAAAGAAUCUCAUAUCAACCAGUUGCAGUACCGCCUAGAUAAGGUGAAAAAGGAACAAAGAAAUCAGGAGCAGACAAUCACCGAACAAAUCACUGAGCUUGAGGCCAAAAACAACUCGUUACAAUUGCGCCUUAAUGAGCUGCUAAAGGAAAACAAAGAUUUGAAGAGUACUUCUAUUUAUAUGGAGCGGAAAGUGGAUGAGCUUACAGGAGAAAAUGGUGAUCUUUCCUUCCAGAUGAGAGCUUUAUGUUCCAAGUUGGCCGUCUUUGAAGCAGAAAACGGCCAGCUGGCACAAGCUCAAGCGUCUGCUGAGGAGGAGUGGAGAAACAAAACAAGCCAUUUGCAAUCAGAACUCAACCAAGCAACCACACAAAAGGAACUCUUGUAUGACCAAGUUCAGAUCCUCCAAGGAAAAAUCUCCUGUUUAGAGGAAGAACUAAACAAAGCCAACAAAGAGGAAGUUGGGGAAAAUAUGGGUCCUGUAAUGGAGAGAGAAAUGUUGGAGACUGAAAUUAUCAGUCUGAAGAACGAACUUGAGGGCACACUUUGUUCCCUAAGAAAGGCAGAAGAACAGAUUCUUACCAUAACUCACAAGUUGGCUGAAUGUGAGAAAGAAAUAACUCUGUAUAAAGAGCUACUUCAACAACAAAAGGCACAAACUGAACAAAUGGUUCAAGCCAAGGAUGAAAUUGUGGACAAGCUAAGAAACGAUCUGGAUGAACAGAGAACGGUUCUUGAACAAGAAAUCAGUGAUUUGAAACUUCAGCUUGAGCAAGUUGCGCACCAGAAAACUGAGCAGAUGACCAAACUGCAACAACACAUUGCAGCUUGUGAACAGGAAAUAACAACUCUAAAAGACCUAAAGAGAGAGCACGAAGAUCUUCUGCAUCAGACUGACGUAAAGAUGAAGGAUCUGGAGACGAAGCUGGUGGCUGCUACCACUCUGUUAGCCGACAGGGACCAACAAAUUUCCAACCUCAAAGAAGAAGUCAACUUGUUUGCAGAAGAAAGUAAAUUAAGCAAAGAUGAAAUUCAGUCCAAACAAGACAAACUUGAUAAAUUACUAGAGGAAAAAUCACACGAAGAAGAGAUUCUUCACAAUAAGAUCCAAACCUUAACAGUUUGUACGGAAGGCCUUAAUUCAUCCCUGAAACGAGCUCAGGAGGAAAUCCAUUUUAAGCAGGAUCUGCUGGAUAAAACCCAGCAAGAGAAUGCCGAGGAAAAGAAAAUACUUCAGCAGGAGAUUUUAAGCUGUCAGGAGGAGGUGCAGAGGCUAAAAGGAGAGAUUUGGCAAAAAAAUGAGGAAAUGGUCGCUCUAAAGAAUGCCAGCACUCAACAUUCUCAGUGUCUUCAGCAAGAGAUCAACAGUCUAAAAGUUCAAAUAGAAAGUCUUAAUGAUGCCUUGAGAAAAGCUGAGGAAAUAGUUCAGACCCAGCAGGGCUUGCUUACAAAACUGCAAGAAGAAAAGUCUCUCCAAACAGAGCUUCUGCAGCAACAGCUGUCUGCUUCUGAAGAGGAGGUAAAAAACCUAAGCAAGUCAAUCCAAGCUAAGGAAGAUCAGAUGCGGCUGAUGGAAAUCGAAAGUUUGGAAAAGGCUAACUGUUUACAUCAAGAGAUGAAUGAUUUGAAGUCUCAGGUUGAAUGUCUUGAUUCCUCACUGAAAGCAGCUGAAGAGAACUUGCAGUGCAAGGAAAAUCAGUUUGCAGAACAGCAACAGCAGAACACUCAGCAAAUAGAAACCCUUCAAAUGCAGAUGAAUGUAUCUCAAGGUGAGAUAAAGAAGUUAAAAGGAGAAAUUGAGGCUAAAGAGGAGCAGAUGGUUCAGCUAAAGACAGAGAUGUCUUCAAAAUCAGAGUGUCUGCAGCAGGAGAUUGAUGCUCUAAAUGAGCAUUUGAAAAGCAUCUCCAGUUCUUUGCAGAUUGCUGAAAACCAAAUUAAAGCCAAGGAAGACCUUUUAGUCAAACAAGAACAGGAAAGUUCUUUGCAGAUUGAAGAAUUAAGAAUAAGCAAAACUGUUCUUGAGAAUGAUUUGAAUCAGCUGAUGCAAGGUAUUAAAUCCAAAGAGGAUGAAGUCCAAACAUUGAAGACUGAUCACUGCAAGGAAUCAGAGGCCCUACACAGAGAGAUGCAAACUCUAAAGAAUCAGAUAGAAUGUUUGAAUGAAUCUCUCCAGUCUGCAACAGACCAAGUCUUGGCUAAAGAAAACCUGCUAGCUCAGAAGGAAACUGAAAUUUCCCAGCAGAAAGAUUCACUUCAAAACUUGAGGGCUGCUUCAGAAGAAGAAGCAUCAAGGCUGAGGGAGGAGAUUCAGGAUAAAGAGAAGGAGAUGUGUUUCUUAAAAAAUCAAAGUUCAGAGCAAAAGGAGUCAUUUCAUAAUGAGAUAAAUGAUUUAAAGUCCCAAGUUGAAUGUCUUAUGUCUUCAUUGAGAGGAGCUGAGGAGAACUUGCAGUCAAAAGAGAAUCAGUUUUCAGAGCAACAAGAACAGUGCAAUCGGCAAAUAGAAACUCUGAAGAUGCAGAUGAAUGCAUCUCAAGAUGAGGUGAAAAAGCUAAAAGCAGAAAUUGAUGCUAAGGAGGAGCAGAUGGUUCAGCUGAAGACCGAAACGUCAAAUAAAUCAAAGUCCCUGCAGCAGGAGAUUGACUCUCUAAAUGAACAUAUAAAAAGGAUCUCUAGUUCUCUGGAGACUGCUGAAAAUGAAGUUAAAGCUAGGGAAGAUCUCUUUGCAAAGCAAAAACAGGAAAGUGCUGUGCAGAUCGAAGAAUUAGGAAAACACAGAACAGUUCUUGAGCAUGAGGUGAGUCAAUUGAAGCAAGACAUUCAAAUCAAAGAGGAUGAAGUCAAAGUGCUAAAAGAUGAUCACUGCAAAGAGUCGGGUGUCUUAAACAAUGAGAUCCAAACUCUGAAACAUCAAGUCCAAUAUUUGAAUGAAUCCCUCAAGUCUACAACAGACCAACUGCUGGCUAAAGAGAAGCUGUUGGUUCAGAAUGAAAUAGAAAUUUCUCAGCUGAAGGAUUUACAUCAGAACAUUAUGGCCACUUCAGAAGAGGAGAAGCAAAGACUUAAGGAAGUGAUACAGGCCAAAGAAGAAGAGAUGAGACUCUUAAAAAGUCAUAAUGCUGAGCAGACAGAUGUUUUACAUCAGGAGAUAAAUGAUUUGAAGUCUCAGGUUGAACAUCUUAGUUCCUCAUUGAGGGCAGCUGAAGAGAACGUGCAGUCGAAGGAAAAUGAGUUUGCUGAACAGCAACAACAAAGCACUCUGCAAAUAGAAACCCUUCAAAUGGAGAUGAAAGAAUCUCAAAAUGAGCUAAAGAAGCUGAAAGUCGAGGUUGAUGCUAAAGAGGAGCAGAUGGUUCAGCUAAAGACCGAGACGUCUACAAAAUCGGCGUCACUGCAGCAGGAGAUUGAAGCUUUAAAUGAGCAGAUGAAAAACCUCUCUAGUUCUCUGGAGAUUGCUGAAAACAAAAUUAAAGCCAAGGAAGAUCUCUUGGCCAAACGAGGACAGGAAAGUUCUUUGCAGAUUGAAGAAUUGAGAAAACACAGAACAGUUCUUGAGCAGGAAGUGAAUCAACUGAAGCAGGAUAUUAAAUCUAAAGAGGAUGAAGUCCAAACAGUGAAGGCUGAUCACUGGAAGGAAUCGGAGGCCUUGAACAGCGAGAUGCAAACUCUAAAGAAUCAGAUAGAAUGUUUGAAUGAAUCUCUCCAGUCUGCAACAGACCAAGUCUUGGCUAAAGAAAACCUCUUAGCUCAGAAAGACACUGAAAUUUCCCAGCAGAACGAUUCACUUCAAAACUUGAGGGCUGCUUCAGAAGAAGAAGCAUCAAGGCUGAGGGAGGAGAUCCAAUCUAAACAAGAGCAACUUGUCAACCUUAAAGAAGAAGGUGCCACACAGUCAGAUAUGCUUCAGCAGGAAAUUAAAAGUUUGCAAACACAACUGGAUGCUAUGGCCACAACAAUGAAAAUCAGUGAAGAAGACCUGCAGGCUCAGAAGGAGGUUCUUCAGCAACAACUUUCUGCGUCUGAGGAAGAACUGAGGAAACUGAGAAGUGAGAGUCAAUCCAAGGAAGAACAGAUGGAGCUGCUGAAGGCUGAAAACGCAAAGCAGUCGAAUUCGCUAAAUCAAGAGAUCGAAAGUUUAAACAAACGGGUGGAAACUCUCAGCGCCUCGAUGAGAAAGAUGGAAGAAGAAAUCCAGUCCCGUGAAGAUCUUUUGGCUAAGCAACAAAAAGAAAACGCAGAACAAAGUCAAGAACUUGAGAGCUUGCGUGAGAGUGUCCAACAGUUAAAUAAACAGCUGGAACAACUUCACUCACACGAAGAGGAGAUUGAAAAAUUAAAAGGCUCCCAGGCUGAGAAAGAAAACAACCUCCUGGAAGCUGAAAGGAAACUCCAGGAUCUGCAGGCAGAGGUGUCCGAAGCAAGGAUGCUCAUUGCUGACAAAGAUCAAAAUCUGAACACCUUGAGUCAGGAGGUUGUGCUUCAAGUUAAUUUGUUGCAAAAAGCAAAAGAAGAGGCUGAGGCUAGUGAGAAAAUUGUGGCUGAGCUAAAGCUGGAGAACUCCAAGCAGAAAGAUGUUCUUCAAGAUCAGAUACAGGAGCUCAAAGAAGAGUUGGAAACAAUUUCUCAAAGACUUUGUGCCAAAGAGCAGAAAUUAUUUGAAACUCAGCAGGAAUCUGCAGAGCUGGUGAACAAUCUCCAGCAGCAGCUUCUUUUGGUAAAAGCCGAGCUUGACUGCCAAAAAGAGGCCGUGUCUGAAAGUCUUCAAACAAAAGACGCUGCUCAGGCCUUACAGUUAACCACGCUGAAGGAAAAGGAGGUUCUUUUACAAGAAAAAGAAGCACUCAUGUCCAAGAUAAUUCAAUUAGAGACAGACCAAAGAGCUCUGGAGAAACGGGUUGAAGAUGCAGUCAUUGAGAAAGACAGGCUUGCUCAAGUCAAUCAGGCCAUGGAGAGGAAGAAUGUUGCCUCUUGUAAAGUGGAGGCUGAUUUGCAAAAAGAACUUGAAAUUCUGAAAAUGGCAAAAGAGCAACUUUUGAAGCGGCGAGAAACAGCAGAAGAACUUGAGCUCAUCAAUGGAGAGCUGAAGCAACAACUUGCAGCAAAAACUGAGGCUGUUGAACACUACAAGGCUCAGAUGGAGAAAGCUGUAAGCCAUUACAACAGCAAGAAGCAGCUCCUCCAGAAAAGCGAAGAGGGAAACAUUGAGCUUAAACAGGCUCUAGAGGAUAAAGACAACAAACUCAAAGCAAUUCUCCAGGAAAAUCAGAUACUCCAUCUUGACUUGGAGAAAGCCCAAACCAAUGAGAAAAAACUCCAGGGUCAUGUCGCCAGUUUAGAGGCACAGCUGGCUUAUGCUGACCAAGUCCUGAGAACACAGAAUAAGAUUCAUGGGGACGGAGGUGGUCCGACAGAGUCUGCUUACCUAGAGGUUCCCAGGAGGACGCACUUGGGUUUUAGCACUACAGCACAAGCGAAGAGGUCCGUGAGCUCGGACAGUCUGGACCAAAGCUCACUAGAGGACUCUCUUAACACUACAAGGAAACUGUCUGGACCUGGUGAAUCAAGCACUCCGCUAGUUCGAAGUUCAGAACGUUUGGCAGCCAAACGUCGGGGCCUUCAGGCAGAGUCGCUGGAAACUCUGUAUUUCACACCCAUUAACACCAAACGAACAAGAAGGAAUGACAAACAAAGUGAUGAUUCUGAUAUGGAGCAGGACUCGACCCGAAAAAAUCCAACUUCAUCUGUAAAGAGGCGCAGAACCACACAGGUCAUAAAUAUCACUAUGUCCAAGAAAACUCCAGGUUGCAGUGAAGAUGAGACCUUUUACAGCCUGCAUUCAGCUCGCUCCCAACCAAACCUCACCGGUGCUCAUGCUGCACAACCCAUGUCUUUGUUUAAUACACCAGCUGACAAGACGAAAGCUGCCAGUGAUCAGCUCAUUGGCCUUCCAGGCUACAGACGGAGCACCAUCCAUUCUCAUAGUACCAGUACAUUCUGUGGGGGAGCAGAGAACGAACCUGAAGGUGGGCCUGAGGACUGGCUGAGGAUCGCAGAGCUGCAGGCCAGGAACAAGGCCUGCCUCCCACAUCUGAAAAGUAGCUACCCUGUGGAGUCAGAGACUGGCCAGGGCAGUGCCUUAAUUUUCACGGACGAAGAGCUUCGCACUGGGGACCCAUCAGACACAAUCCGACGGGCAUCCAUGAGGCCUGGCCAACUGCAGGACUCCCUGCUCUCCCAUCGUCACUCCCUCAUGGCGGGCCACACGGGGGUUGGGGUUGGUACUCGGUCCCAUCAUCUGUCCUUGAUUCCAGGCCAGAUGCCAUCAAGACCAGCUCUCUCCUCUCAGCUGAGAAGCCCAAAGAAUUCCAAGCAGUCAUCAUCCACCUUAUCUGUUCACCAGAUUUCACCUGAGAAAAAGACAAGAGCUAGCUGCUUCCCUCGUCCACUCACUCCCAAGAACAAAAAUGUGAGCAGUGGGCCAUCCAGCGCUAAUCUUCAGCCCAUACUUAGUCCUGCUGAUCGUCGGCAGUCUAUGAUGUUCACGAUUGACAACACGCCAAAGAGCAACAACUACCUAAAGAAAGGGCUGAACAAACUGCGCAAUUCCACUCGAAAAUCUCCUGGAAAAGGUCUGAGAAAGUCGCCGUCCCACAAAAAUGCUCGAAGGGAUCUGGAAAACUCCCCUUCAGUAAAUUCUAAAGCCUCAGUGGGACGAUCUGCGAAAACCGGCAGCUUUAAGGCCCCACAGGCUGCAGCUCAGGCACAGAGAGGAUCUCAAGCCACUAACAGGUCUGCAAAGUCUCCUGGACUCACUGCUAGUGCUCGCAAGGUUAUGAGAAGGAUGAAGGUUUAAAGGCUUCAAGAGUGACAUUCAUUAUCACCUACUAUUUUUUCUUCAUUUUUGUUUUGCUCUUGCUUUUCGCUAAAAUAUUUCAAUUUUGUCCGUUAGGAUUUUUUUUUAAAAAGUUACCUUUUCUGAUCUGAUUUAAAAGACCAUUAAAA